CCGAAGGCCACGCCCCUGGCCACGCCCACCCCACACAGCCAGCCUCCACUGCCUUCUUCAACCAGGCGUCCAUCUUGAGAGACGCUGGUCUGCGGUGGAGAUUUCCCGUUUGCUUUUGGGGCUUUGAAGUCGCUAAGAAGGGUGAACCAUGCUUAAAAAGGCCAACAGGAUUGAGCCUGGGAGCCAGCAGGAAAGAAGUCUGAAAAAGCAUAAUCCAUGGAUCAUGUGCACCUGCAACCGACAAUGCUGUAUCACCUUAAUUACUGGUUGCUACACCUGCGAGUGGCAAAUCAAGCAGGAGAAGAAAUCUAGACCUGGACCCUGCUGCUGCUCUUGGAAAGAGAAGAUAUUUUUCCCAUUUCUGAUUAUUUCAUUUCUCUUGUCUGUGGUUUUGCUGUUCGUGUGGAUAGAGACGUCAAAUGAAUACUUUGGCUUUGACUGGGUCAUUUUUCUAGGUACAGGAUACUGGUUCUUUUGGUCCAUUGUUUUGCUGAGUUUAUUUGGGAUCCUGACUGCCUACUCUUCAUUGCUGGUGGUACUUGCAUUUUUGUUGGUUUGGGAAGGGUAUGAACUAUACCUGCACUGGUGUCAUAAGAUCCUGAUUCUGCUAAUGAUUCUGCUAUGCUCGUUUGUUUUGUGGAUUUUAUGCCAACUCUGGCAAGAGAGGUGGCUGACAGCUGGCCUGUCACUGCAGAUCUUUGCUCCCUAUAUGCACCUGAGUGGCAUAACUGUGAUGGUUAUCCUUUCCUGGCCUGUGGCCUUCUACUUGAUCCAUUUGGAAGAAGAAGUUAGAAUGAGAAGAUACAAGAUGAUGUAUGACAGAGAAACAGCCAAGGGAUGUAAUAUACUUACAAAGUUGAGAGCUCUACAGGUGGCUAUUGGAUUGCCUUUUUUCCUUAUCCUUUUAUGUUUGUAUAUUGUGCCACUGGGGAUUCAUUCUCCCUGCAUUCAGGAGGAGGAUAAAUUGGGACCCAAACCAGACUUCUUUGGACAUAGAGGUGCGCCCAUGUUGGGGCCUGAGAAUACCAUGAUGUCCUUUGAGAAGGCUGUUGAACAAGGGGCCUAUGGGCUGGAGAGUGAUGUACAAUUAAGUUAUGAUCAGGUGCCUUUUCUCAUGCAUGACAAUGACCUGAGAAGAACAACCAAUAUUAGGAACGUCCAGCCAAAUGCCUCCAUCACACAUUCUAGCUUCUUCCUGUGGAGUUUCCUGUCGACUCUGAACGCAGGCAAAUGGUUUGUACAGUCACGGUUUAAACCAUUUUACCACAUGAAACCCCUAUCAAGAGCUGAUCGUGAAAAAGCAGAAAAUCAGAGGAUUCCAAAACUAACUGACUUAUUGGAACUUGCACAGAAGGAAAAAAAAUUUGUGAUAUUUGAUCUUAAUACCCCUCCACGAAAACAUCCUCUCAGACACACGUAUAUUCGCCAUGUAGUAAGCGUGAUCCUUGCCUCUAAAAUUGAGCAACAUCUGAUUUUUUGGUUGCCAAGUUUUGAUAGGCAGUAUGUCCAAAGCAGAGCUCCUGGUUUUCAGCAAGUGGGCCAGUUAUUUUCCAUUGAACGUCUUACAAAAGAAAAUAUCAGUAGAAUAAAUGUUGACUACAAGAGGUUGUUCUACAAAGGAUUGAAAGAUUAUAAAGCAGCUAACAUCAACAUCAAUUUAUAUAUCGUCAAUGAGCCUUGGCUCUACUCACUGGCCUGGUGCUCCAGGAUUCACUCAGUGACCACAGACAACAUUCAGACCCUGAGUCAGCUAAAUCACCCUUACUUCUUCAUGCUUGGGCAACUUUCUGGAGAUGACCCUGAAGGAAACCUUGGAUGGCAGGUCCCUUGGCAUAGGCGAAGCCUUGCUACUUGUCUGUCCUUGUAUAAUUUUCUUUCAUAUGUGUACUAUCUGUUUUUCUAACAUUUUCUUUUAAAAAAUUGAUUACAAAGUAAAUCUGUUAAUUAUAUGAAAUUUAAUCAUUACAAAAAUACAUAAAUCAGAAAGCAACACCCCACUCCGUAAUCCUAUCCCCUAAGUCGGUAAUGUUUCAAAGUUGUCCCUUUCCAUAUAUUAAAUGAAGUUUUAUUAAAUAAAGCUUUUUAUUUUAAUACUUGAAUUAAUACUAUUUGAAUUGAUAAUAAAUUCAUGUGAUUCAAAAUUCAAAAACUAUAAAGUUUUCUUUUAUGCCUUUCUCCUACACCUGGCUUUUUUUAAAGGACCCAUCGCCUCUUUGUUCAGGAAAAUCCAAAUCUUGGCUCUACCACUUACUAUGUAAAUUUGGAAAUGUUAGUUAACCUGUCUGUGCCUCAGUUUAUUUAUUAGUAAAUUAGGGAUAAUGAUAGUACAACAGAAGUAUUUUUAUCCACCAUAGUCUAGUCUGAUCACUGGUCUGUUAAUUGAAAAAGUUAAAGUGGAAAAUCAUCUAUCUAUCUAUCUAUCUAUCUAUCUAUCUAUCUAUCUAUCUAUUUCACAGUCGAUCAGCCUUUACUACUUAAAAACAGACAGCUGAAAUGUAGUGCCUCAAACAAAUAUUUUUUUGUUAUAUCCUUUAUGAUAGCUCAAUGGUCUUCUGGUCUGAGCCAGCUUGGUCUAGGAUGGCCGCAUUCUUAUGUCUAGUGUCUUACCUGGGAUGACUGAUGUCUCUGUUCAUGUUGUCAGUCAUCCUCAAGGAGGCCAGCUUGAGCAUGUUCACCUGGUGGCAGUGGAUUCCCAGCUGUAAGAGAGGUCAAGCCCUAAUACACAUGCAGUUUUCAGGAUUUUUUAGGUGUGAUAUUUGCUAAUGUUCCGUUGGCCAAAGAAAAUUACAUGGCCAAGUCUAGAUUCAAGGUGGAAUAGUGGAGAAAUAGACUUCAUUUCUUGAUGGGGAGGAACAGCAAAAUCACAUUGCACACAGACCUGCAUUUUGGGAAGAAUGUUGUGGUCAUAUUUAUAAACAAUCUGUCACAUACAUACUUCACACAUUUUAUUUUAAUUUAAAAUAUUCAUUUACCUUGUAACAGAGAGUCAAGGUCUUUGAGGUUACUUUAGCUGAUUGAAUACUGUAUUCACUUGCUUAUUUAAACACUGAAUAAACCAGCUAUGACCUCUAAGUUUUGUUUCUUUAAACAACAAAGUCAUUGGGAGAAACAGUCUGAAUGAGGGAUUUACCCAGAUUUUCAUAAUCCUUUUACCCUAGUCUCUCACAGUGUUUCACUCACACCUCAUUCAGUUGCAGUUUAUUUUUUAAUGACCUGUUCUUUCUUCAUUGAGAUUUUCAAAGCAUUGGCUUAGUUUUCUUAAAAAUGACAUACUUCUUUUUCACUUAGAUUUAAGUGACAUUUAAUUACACUGCACAGUUAUAACAAGUACAACUGUUCUAAGCCAUUUAAGGAGAAAGAACGAUUGAUUCUUUUUAAGGAUUUUUUUUAAGGUUUAUUUAUUUUGAGAGGGAGACAGAGGGAGAGGGAGAGACAGACAGACAGACAGACAGACAGAC